ACCUCUCUUGUAGGCCUAGUACAUUGGGGGAUAUUUUUCUGCAACACUCAUAAUGUUUACCAGGAAGGCUGGUCACUUGUAAAACAUUUUACAGAAACAAGACACCGCUUUGCAAAUAACUAGGCGGCCAAUAAUCACUGCCUGACGUUUUUUUUUUACUUAUAUGAAGUGUAGCUUGUAAUUUAGAUGUUCGCUAACUAUGUGAUUUUAUGCUGCGUUGCCUUCAUGCAAAGCACGCUGAUUUGAACGGAUACAGCCAGUUUCCCUUCCUUUUUUUCGACUUGAUAACUUGACUUGAUAGAUGAAUUUGACUAUCAUGGACCAAACUGAUAGUGUGAAUGCAGACCCAGUUCUUACUGUUAACAGGCAGGGCCGAUGCAAGAACUGGCGUAAUUGGGUGGGAUUUUGGUUACUGGGAUUGUGCAACAACUUUGCCUAUGUGGUGAUGCUGAGUGCGGCCCAUGACAUUCUAAAACAACAAGGGUCUGACAACUCCACAGUGCUGAUCCCAGCCUCAUCUCACUGGCACGUUGAAGGAGGGAAUGCCAGCAACAGCAGUCGAUAUGACUGCAACCCUGUUUCUACUGCGGCUGUACUGUUGGCUGAUAUUCUCCCUACUCUUAUCAUCAAAUUAUUUGCUCCAUUCCUUAUCCACAAAUUCCCUUAUGGUUUUCGAGUGUUGGUGUGUGUUGCCACAGCAAUUGUGAGCUUCCUUCUGGUGUCCUUCUCUUCAACAGUGUGGAUGAGCAUUAUGGGUGUUGUCUUUGCCAGUGUGAGCUCUGGACUAGGAGAACUCUCUUUUCUGUCUUUAACUGUGUUCUUUAGCAGAGAUGUUUUAGGGGGCUGGGGUUCAGGGACUGGAGGGGCAGGUGUGGCUGGAGCUCUGCUGUACUCGGCUCUCACACAGGUUGGCUUGUCACCCAGGGUUACACUGCAGGUAAUGCUGGUGGUCCCCGUUGCCAUGGUGGUCAGUUACUUCUUCCUGUUAGUAUUUCCCCCAUCCUUCCCACAGUGGCAGUGCGGAGAGGCGGGGCCUGCUCUGUCAGUCAGGGGCAGAUGUUCACAGGAGAGACAGCCUCUGAUGGAGGACUCCGCUGAGGAAGAGCAACCCCAGAGUGCUCCUGAAGAAUACAUGCCCACUGGACCACUGACCUUUACAGAGAAAUGUCAAUGUAUCAAAGGUCUCCUGGGGUUUGUUCUCCCUCUGGGCCUGGUUUACUUUGCUGAGUAUUUCAUCAACCAAGGCUUGAUGGAGCUCCUGUAUUUUCCUAAUUUUGUGUUUUCACAUGCAGAGCAAUACCGAUGGUACCAGACCCUUUACCAGGUGGGGGUGCUAAUCUCACGUUCCUCUCUCUGCUGUUUGAAGAUCAGGACAAUUUGGGCUUUAUCUCUGCUGCAGUGUGUGAAUGCUGUGCUGCUGGGCCUGGCGGUAUACUAUGAGUUCCUGCCCAGCGGUUGGUUGGUAUUUGGGAUUGUCCUUUAUGAGGGGCUGCUGGGAGGAGCGGCGUAUGUCAAUACCUUCUACUUCAUCAGCAAGGAGCAGACUGGAGACAGACAGAGGGAAUUUGCAAUGGCAGCUGCUAGCGUUGGGGACAGUAUGGGCAUCGCCUUGUCAGCCGUGACAGCAUUUCCAGUUCACAGAUACUUCUGUUCAUUAUGAGGGAGAUGUGGACUGAAUUGUCUUUCAUACAGUAAUGUAAAGUGAAGCAUGACAUCUUUGACUACUACGUAGGCCUUCACCAGUGCCUGACUGUCUUAUCACCCCACACUGAAUUUGACCGGUAAUUGUAACUGACAUUCUACUGAUUUCUGAUUGAUUCACACUGAAGAAUGAUAAUCAAUUAACGAUAAUCAAAUUGUGUUAUUUAACCAUGGCCAAAGUUAAAUUAGCUGCAGAGAAAUGGAAAAUGUUAUUUUUCUUAGAUUGUACACAAACCAUAUUUGCACACCCUUCUCAGUGUGAGAUAAAACUUUGUUGGUAUUGUUCAAAAUGUUUUGCCUUAUUUGUUGUUGUCUUGGGACCAAUUCAAACAUGUAUGUAGUUUGUGAAAUGGUAGUGUUUUUUGUUUCUUCAAACCUGGAAAGUU